CAACCACAACGCGACGACGACAACCUACCUACGACGACCUCACUCUCCAUCUUCCCCGUUCUCCUCCCUUGAGCCUCCUUGGGGCAUCCCUCAACCGGGAUCCUCCACCUCCAUCCUCGCCAUGAUCCAGCUCAAAACCCUCCUCAACGUCCUCGACAACUCCGGCGGCGCCAUCGCAGAAUGCAUCGCAACCCUCAAGUCAAGCAAAGCCGGCGCAACCAUCGGAGACCGCAUAAUCGUUGUCGUGCAGGAGCAGAGGAACUACAAGGCAGACAAGCAGGGCUCGAGUAAUGCGCCGCACAAGGUCAAGCGCGGAGACAUCAGACACGCCGUGGUGGUGCGGACGAAGAAGAAGCUGCAGCGGCCGGAUGGCAGUGUGGUGCGGUUCGAUGACAAUGCGUGUAUUCUGAUCAACAAGGCGGCGGAGCCGAUUGGCUCGAGGGCUACUGGUGUCGUAGGAAGAGAGUUGGCGAAAACGCGGUGGUCUAAGAUUCUUUCGCUAGCACCAAUGCACGUAUAAUGGGAAGACAUCCACGGGGAUGAUAGCAUAGUUGUUAGGCGCG